ACGAUGAAAAAGAGAUGAAACCGAUCGGAGGGUGGAGAUUGAAGGAAGCGGUCAUGGGACACGUGGACGGCGGAGAUGAAGUGUGGUCCUCCCUCCGCUCACAGCGGCAGUGGACAUGGGAAUACCGUUGAGAGGGGCUAUAUAGCAGUGUGCAUGGCAGAGAGUCAUGAGAAUGAUUACAGAUGCGUGUGGCCAAUGAGUGAGCGCCACGUGGAGCGGGUAAGAAGAAGACCAGGAAGGCAGAGGGCACAUGUAUUAUUCUUUUCAGUUUUGAAAAGAACAUUUAUGAUCAUCAAACGAGAAGGUGGUACCGUUCAGAAAUUAUGAGCACAAAAGUGGUGCCCAAGAAAGAGUAAAAACUAAAAUAAAGGUUUCUUUGUCAU